CUAAAAGCCUUUCCUGCAAAAACCCUUUUUUCUUUGUCGAAUCCCUAAAAAAUUCUCUCGCUCAUCGCUUACAUCACCUAAUUCUACUUUGCUGCAGAAAAUUUUCACUAUUUAUUGGUAAUUUCGUACAAACGCCAAGAAUAAUUUCGGGAACCCGGCAAAAAUGUCGGGUGUAUCUGAAGCAGCCGCCGUCAUGGCAAGCCGCGAGCCGUUUGCAAUCAACCACGGCGUAUCAACCGGGCCGGGCCAUAACCCAGCCGCUUCACAGCAGCAUCUGGAUCAGCAGAUGCGCGUGCCCUACACCGCCGACGGCGCGUACAGAUCCGUGGCCUCCCCGCCUGCGUACCAACCAAUGCCCGGCGGCGCACCCGUGGCUACGAAUCUGAACUCCGGCGACCAGAAACGCAAGAGAGGGCGGCCCAGGAAGUACGGGCCGGAUGGGAACAUGGCGGCGAUGGCUAUGGCUUCCGGCCAGCAGCCGAUGAACGUGGGUAUGCAGCAGGCCCAGAUGCAGACUUUCUCUCCUCCGCCGGCGGCGGCACCUCCACAGCCACCGGUGGGCGGCUCGGCCUCACCCACCGCCAAGAAGGCCAGGGGCAGACCCCCGGGUUCAGUGAACAAGAAGAAGCAGAUUGAAGUUAUUGGAUCAACUGGGAUUGGAUUCAUACCUCAUGUAAUCGACGUGAAGCCAGGGGAGGAUGUAUCUUCGAAAAUAAUGGCAUUUUCUCAAAAUGGCCCAAGAGCUGUUUGUAUUCUAUCUGCAAAUGGUGCCAUAUCUAACGUCACCCUUCGCCAAGCUGCUACUUCCGGUGGCACUGCAACUUAUGAGGGGCGAUUUGAUAUAUUGUCUCUUUCGGGGUCGUUUAUGCUGUCGGAUGUUGGUGGUCAUAAAAGCAGAACUGGUGGAUUAAGCACAACACUAGCCGGACCUGAUGGAAGGGUUUUUGGUGGCUGUGUGGCUGGUUUACUCAUAGCUGCCUCCCCUGUGCAGGUAAUAGUCGGAAGCUUCUUGGCCGACAAUCGAAAAGAACAAAAAUCUGCAAACUACAUGGAGUCAAUAUCCGCUCCACCAAAGGUAAACCUUAGCGGACCAACUGGUGCCAGCAGCUCCCCUUCACGUGGGACUUUCAGUGGAUCAUCUGGUGGGCCCGCAAGCCCACUCAACCUUAGCUCAGUACACGAUUUUUGCGGAUAUGCCCUCCUGAGGGCUUACCGUGUUUCUGCAGCCAAGCUCCUUCUUUGCUUUGAGGAUCGAAAAGUAGUGAGUCUCGAGACUCUCGACAACCUGCCCGACUUGGAAAUGGAAAUUAUUGCAACGCAUAAUUUGAUCUAA